AUGACUUCCUUCAUGACAAGGUCCCGACAGAAAAGUAAUAGUCUAGCAGAGGAGUCCUGGCGGAGAGAGAGAGAUAAAGUUCCCAGCAGAGAAAUCCCCCGACAGAGAGUUGGGGAACCACAAGGCAUACCUCACAGCACUCAAGUUCCUGAAGAUUCAAUGAAAAGGAAUGAUGUAAAAGAGAUGACACCCAUAAUCACUCUUACUGAUAGUCCCUUGCCUGGGACUAUUCCUCAGGAAAAGCCAGCCCAUCAGCCUUGUGUGGCUAAAACACAUAAGAAAUAUGGAAAGGUUGAACUCCAGAACAAUAUUGGAAUAACUGAUGAAGGAAACCUGAGGCCACUUGAGCUCAAUAUCUUCCCAACCAAGCAGCCAUAUAUUCCAUUUGCAUUGGCUAAGGGUUAUAUCACUAAGAUGACAAAGGACAUGCAUCAAAUGCAACUCAAAUAUAUACAAAUUACCCAAAAAAUGGAGUUAAUAAGAAGAGAGGAAAAGAAUGACUACAGCAACAAAAUAAAGAAACUAAGAGGGAGAUUUGAAGCAUAUCAGGAACAAAUCAACAAGAAAAACAGAUCUUGGCAAGAUACAAUGAAGAUUUUGGUGGAGAAAAAGGAUGAACUAAUGCAAGAAAAGAACAAACUCGUCCUGCAAGUUAAGCAAGAGAAGGAGAAAUGGGAAAAAGAAAAGAGUUGGCUUCUGGAAACUUUUGCUCAGAAACUUGAUCUUCUACAUACUCACCAUUCUGUGACAAUACAAAAACUCAAAACAACCAGACUGGCACUUAAAAAUACCCAGGAGAUUCUGAGAUUUCCAAAUGUCCAGAAAAAUGAAAACCUAUCAUCAGGAAAAGUUAUAUACUCGAUUUCCAGCACUGAAGCAGAGCCAGAAUUUACAAAUGCUUUUGGAAAAGGAAUUAGUAAAAUGGAGGAUCAAGGAAACUUGCUAUUAGAGGAAAAACUAAGAAGAACAUCAGAGCUACUUGAAAAAGUAGAGUCAUUACAAAAACAUGAAAAUGAGAUUGCUGAGAUUUCUGAAAAUGAGAGUGAAUAUAAGGGAGUGAACAGCUCUAGAGUCCCAACUGCCAGACUAUUAAAAUUUUUAGUGAACAAGAUAUACAUUAUCUACUAUAAUAUAUGUAACAUACUAUUUGUGCAACAAGGUGUCCACCAGUUACUUCAAAUAAAUGAUGAAGAAAGGAUUGACUAUCAGAAACAUUUAAAAAUAAAGAGAAACAUCUUUUCCUAUGAAGCAAUUUUUAAGGAUAAGCCAGAAGAUUUGAAAAGUUUUUUAGAAUAA